GAAAUAAGCAUGAAAGACAAUAAGAAGAAAAAGCCUUUUGUUAAUACCUCAUUGAGUUGUGUAAAAUGGCUCUAAAAAUGCUCUCUCCAACUGAAAUAAAGCCUCUUUCUUUCUUGGAUUCCUCUAAAUCCAAUUACAACCUUAAUCUUCUCAGCUUCCCAGGUGUAUUUUCUUUGAAGAGGAAGGAAAAUGGAAGCACUCCGGCGAAGCAAGUCCGUUGCUCGGCGGCGGCGCCACCUCCGGCUUGGCCCGGUCGAGCCGUGGCUGAGCCCGACCGAAAAAAAUGGGAUAGUCCAAAGCCUAUUUCAAUUAUCGGAUCGACUGGCUCCAUUGGUACUCAGACAUUGGGCAUAGUUGCUGAAAAUCCGGAUAAGUUCAAUGUUAUCGCACUUGCAGCUGGUUCUAACGUUACUCUUCUUGCUGAUCAGGUGAAGAGAUUUAAACCUAAAUUAGUUUCUAUUAGAAACGAGUCGUUAGUCGAUGAACUGAGAGAGGCUUUAGCUGGUAUUGAAGAAAUGCCCGAAAUAAUUACUGGAGAUCAGGGAACAAUCGAAGUUGCUCGUCAUCCAGAUUCCGUUACUACUGUCACUGGCAUUGUUGGUUGUGCCGGUUUAAAGCCUACAGUGGCUGCCAUAGAAGCUGGGAAAGACAUUGCGUUGGCCAAUAAAGAGACACUAAUUGCUGGAGGGCCUUUCGUCCUCCCUCUUGCCAAAAAGCAUAAUGUCAAGAUUCUUCCGGCAGAUUCCGAACACUCUGCUAUAUUUCAAUGUAUACAAGGCUUGCCUGAAGGUGCUCUGAGGCGCAUCAUUUUGACCGCAUCUGGAGGUACUUUCAGGGAUUUGCCGGUUGAGAAACUAAAAGACGUGACGGCAGCCGAAGCUUUAAAGCACCCGAUCUGGAAUAAUAUGGGGAAAAAGGUCACAAUAGACUCUGCUACACUCUUCAACAAGGGUUUAGAAGUUAUAGAAGCCCACUAUCUGUUUGGGGCUGAAUACGAUGAUAUCGAGAUCGUUAUUCAUCCUCAAUCUAUCAUACAUUCAAUGAUCGAGACACAGGAUUCAUCUGUAAUAGCACAGUUGGGGUGGCCCGAUAUGCGUAUACCUAUUCUUUACACCUUAUCGUGGCCCGAAAGAGUUUACUGUUCCGAGAUCACUUGGCCCCGCCUCGAUUUUUGCAAGCUUGGAUCUCUCACAUUCAAGAAUCCCGACACUGCGAAAUAUCCAUCAAUGGAUCUAGCUUAUGCUGCUGGACGAGCUGGUGGGACCAUGACCGGUGUUCUUAGUGCAGCUAACGAGAAAGCCGUCGAAUUGUUUAUCGAUGGGAAAAUAAGUUACCUGGACAUAUUUAAGGUUGUGGAGCUAACAUGCGAUAAGCAUCGGCCCGAACUGGUGACAUCACCGUCGCUCGAGGAAAUUAUACACUACGACUUGUGGGCCCGCGAUUUUGCCGCCAGUUUGCAGCCUCAGCUGGUUUAAAAGUCCGGCUCAGCUAGCUGAUGAAAUAUGUUCAAUUAGAAUAAUUAAAAUAAGCAAAAACCAUAUGAAAAUGAUUGUUACUUCACUUUGAAUGAUUGAAUGAGUGGUUGGUUUUGGGCGACCAUUUUUUUUGGCUGAAUGGAGUAUGUACAUGUUUAUGACUUGUGAAUUAUCUCAACUGUU